CAAGGCGUGGGGGAGACGAAGCGAGGCGGGGAGCGGCGGCAGCAGCCGGGAAGAUGCUGGAGGCGGCGGCGGCUGAGCCGGAGCUGGACCCCGAGGACCUGGUGCAUUUCUCGGUGGGGGAUUUGCCCAGCCGCGGUUACGGUGUGAUGGGCGAGAUCCGGCGGCAGGGCAAGCUCUGCGAUGUGACCCUCAAGGUAGGAGACCAUAAAUUCAGCGCUCACCGGAUUGUUCUGGCAGCUUCUAUCCCAUACUUCCAUGCCAUGUUCACCAAUGACAUGAUGGAGUGCAAGCAGGAUGAGAUUGUCAUGCAGGGGAUGGAUCCCAGUGCGCUUGAGGCUCUGAUCAACUUUGCCUACAACGGUCACCUGGCCAUAGAUCAGCAGAACGUCCAGUCCCUGCUGAUGGGGGCAAGUUUCCUUCAGCUGCAGAACAUCAAAGAUGCUUGCUGUACUUUCCUCAGAGAGAGGCUUCACCCGAAGAACUGUCUGGGAGUGCGGCAGUUUGCAGAGACCAUGAUGUGUGCGGUGCUCUAUGACGCUGCCAACAGCUUCAUUCAUCAGCACUUUGUGGAGGUAUCCAUGUCCGAAGAGUUCCUGGCACUGCCUUUUGAAGACGUCCUAGAGCUUGUUUCUAGGGACGAGCUCAAUGUGAAGUCUGAAGAGCAGGUAUUUGAAGCUGCGUUAGCUUGGAUACGGUACGACCGAGACCAGAGAGAGUCAUUCCUACCUGAGCUCCUGUCCAAGAUCCGCCUGCCCCUUUGUCGGCCUCAGUUUCUCACUGACCGCGUGCAACAGGAUGACCUGGUCCGCUGCUGCCACAAGUGCAGGGAUCUAGUUGAUGAGGCAAAAGAUUAUCACCUCAUGCCAGAGCGCCGGCCACACCUCCCAGCGUUCAAAACCCGUCCUCGGUGCUGUACAUCGAUUGCAGGAUUGAUUUACGCUGUUGGAGGACUUAACUCAGCAGCAAAUUUUUAUGCAGGUGACUCGCUGAAUGUGGUGGAAGUCUUUGAUCCCAUUGCCAACCGCUGGGAGAAGUGCCAGCCGAUGACGACAGCCCGCAGCAGAGUCGGGGUAGCGGUGGUGAACGGACUGCUCUAUGCCAUUGGCGGCUACGACGGCCAGCUGAGGCUGAGCACCGUGGAGGUUUACAACCCAGAGAUGGAUUCCUGGUCCAAAGUGGAAAGUAUGAACAGCAAGCGAAGUGCAAUGGGAACAGUGGUGCUGGAUGGUCAGAUCUAUGUAUGCGGUGGAUACGACGGAAACUCGUCCCUCAACUCUGUGGAGUCCUAUUCUCCAGAAACAAACAAGUGGACAGUGGUGACCCCCAUGAGCUCCAACCGCAGCGCUGCUGGCGUCACAGUCUUCGAGGGCCGAAUCUACGUGUCGGGAGGGCACGACGGCCUGCAGAUCUUCAACAGCGUAGAGUACUACAACCAUCACACGGCCACCUGGCACCCGGUGGCCAGCAUGCUCAACAAGCGCUGCCGCCAUGGAGCCGCCUCGCUGGGCAGCAAGAUGUUUGUCUGCGGAGGGUACGACGGGUCGGGCUUCCUCAGCAUCGCUGAAGUGUACAGUUCCAUGGCGGAUCAGUGGUACCUGAUCGUCCCCAUGAACACCCGGAGGAGCCGCGUCUCCCUCGUUGCAAACUGUGGCCGUCUCUAUGCAGUGGGGGGUUACGAUGGACAGUCCAACCUCAGCUCAGUAGAAAUGUACGACCCGGAGACAAACCGCUGGACGUUCAUGGCCCCGAUGGUGUGCCACGAGGGCGGGGUUGGCGUGGGCUGCAUACCUCUCCUGACCAUCUGAGAAGGAAGCGGUCGGCGGGGGGGGGGGGAGUGUCUUUUCAAGGACAGUACAGGGAGAGGGUUGAAGAGUGUUCUGUGCUGUGAUACCCGCAGAGGUGUGUUUCUGGGUGCUCAAGUGUCAUUCACAAACACACAUGCACAGACAACUUGACAAAACAAUCCCCACCCUUGCCUUCUUGGGCUGAGGCUCCCAAAAGAUCAAACGUUUUGAAAUAUGGUGCAUCUACAGACCUGCUCGCCUCCCUCUGCCACCCGUUAGCCACAGCUCCGAGCCAAGGCCAAGCGAAUCCCUCCACUGGCUGUUGGUUUUCCAAACAGCCCUGCCGUCUGCUUUCCACUGCACCUUGGGGAAGUGCUGUUGUAGGCUGGGGGAGGAGGGCAGGCUGAAUUGCGACAUAAAAACGGCUGCUGUAAUGACUUUGGAAAUACAGCUGCAUCUUCUGUCAGCAGCAAAAUUACCCCAAUACCCCCAGGGCUCGGUCAGCAGCGAUGUUUGGGUGUCGUGGAGGCUUGCUGCUGGCCAUGGGUGGCUCUCACCUGGUGUAUUGAAACAAAAAACCCACCGACAUCAGUUCUCAGACCCCAUUCAGGCUCUGCGUUUUAAGGUGCUGCUUACACAAGACAUCACUGGCUUCUCAAAGCAGAGCUGUGCUUUCUUCAGCUCGAUGGGGAAAACUUCCCCACAAGAGCCGCAUGAUGGAGAAACUAGGAAGAGGAGAUCUGGUCGGUUAAACCAUUGAAUCGUUUUAGCAAGCUUUGGAGGGGAAGGCUGAACGUUAAAUGACACUAAGCAACAGUCUUAGGAUUUCAAAAUGGGAAAUAGGCCAAGAUGUUAGUUAUGAAGAUGUCCCUUAAAUUAAAUACUGAGAUAUUUUCAAAGUUGAUGUUUAGGAGGCAGCUGGAGCAGAGGGGGCUAGGAUCUUUCAGGAGGGGCAAAAAAAUAGGUGUUGAAUUUGUCAGCUCGGGCAGACCAAGCGCUGUGCUUGCACGAGGAGCUGCGGUGCCUGGGUGGGGGCAGAGGGACAGCUGCCCAAGCGGGGCCGCUUCGGGCAGGGAAAUCCCCCAUAGGGACGCAGGGUGAGCACCUCUGCAAAGGGCCGGCGGCAUAUCGCACGUUGGUGGGGCUGGUGCAGCUGUGGCAUGGGCCAGAUCCACACCCUUGGUCUUUCCUGGUUUGCUUUGCUGCAAAAGGUCUUUGCGGUAGGUUUUGUGCCAGGAAACUUCCUGUAGCAGGGCCGGAGCCGCUGCCUGGCGUGAAGCAGCACGGCAGCUCCCUGCCUGGGCACUCCUUGCCUGCAUCAGCGCUUCUCUUGCCCGAGUACGAAACCCAACGGUGGGCAGGUGGGGGCAGGCUGCUGCUCCCCCACCUGCUCCAGCAGGACAAACUCAACACUAAUCCCGCCAGCAGCAGCAAAGGGAUGGGGAUCUCACCCCCUGCCCUGCCCAGUCCCAGUGUUUUGGGGGGCUCGGAGCCUGUCCCUCCUGUCCCCUGCCUGGCUCUGAACUGGGAAGAGAUGGAUGUUCAUCCCAGCCCCUAAAUCCGGACCCCCCCAAACUUGUUCGUAACCUGACUCCCAGUGUCAUUUGGGAUUUUAACUUUGGCUGUAUAUGUGGAUGUCUAUAUAUUCAGGUACUAUGUAUAUUUUAGGUAUAUAUAAUGAGUAUAUCUGGCUAUAAAUGUGAUUUGUCAGUAUAUAUCUUAUUUCCUCCAUGUACAUCAGCUGCUGAGUUCACUGGAGGGGGAAUUUAUUUGGGGGUUCCAUGCUGCUAAGACUCUAUAAAAAGGAAAAAAAAUAGCCAACCACCCACAAAUACUGGGAUUACAAUUAAGUCUCUUUUUUGGGCUGUAAAUUGCAGGAAUAACUGAGCCGGCGCGGCAGUGUGGGCUUUGCAGAAGGGGCAGCCUCUGGCCUCGCGGGGCAGGACCACAUGGUGUUCCUGUCUCUCUGCCAGUGUUCCCCAGCAUCGAGUGCUGCUGCAGGGAGUCGUGUAGCUCAUGCUCUUGUGGACCUGCCUCAUCUCCCUCCCCACAGCAUCUUCUCUUCCCCAGGACACGUCCUGAUGGUCGCCGUGUGCAGAGGAGGCUUUGAGAAGCGUGGGGCUGCUCUCCUAGCAUGCUGUUUGUCCCAUCUCCCAUCCCUUCUCCUUCCCAGCAUCUCCCAGCCGGGGCUUUGUGUCUGUUAAGAACACAAAUAUUGGCUCAAACACACUAGAAAGUCUUUCUUGCAAAAGCCAGGGUGCGUUGAUGACCCACAGGCUCCCAAGCUGAUGCUCAGCAGCACAGUGGUCCCAGGGCACUCAGCCAUGCUGCUUGGGCUCCCAGGGUUUUGUUCCACAGGGCUUUCUUUGCUUUUCUGUUGUGGAGGAACCAAAGAUAAAGGGGAGCUCCUGGCCCUUCAGCAAGGCUGCAGCACCUCUGUCCCGGGCCCCAAAAUGCUGGUGUUCGUAAGGGAACAGAAACAUCCUGAAUUUUGGGGAAAGAAGCCCUGGUCACCCAGGAAAUUUAAACUGGGAGAGUGUAAGCCACUCUGUGCAACCCUCAGUAAAUCCCUGUGUCCUCAAAUUCAAGGAAACCCCCAAAAUUUUGCAAAAUGCAUUAAGGAUCCUCAUCAUGCCAGCAUGUUUAUGUGUCUGCAAACCACGCUGCACUCCCUGCCACGGCCCUCGAACCUGCUGUGCUGUUUCCCCCUGCAAACACCCCACCACGUCCCCACCCCGAAAGGGCACUUUUACUGCCACUUAACCCUUUUUAUAUUAAAGCCAAGAGAAAUGUC